GGAUAUCAACCACCUCUAAUCGAGGAAGCAGCAGAAGAAGAACAGGCGCAGUGCUAGCAGCGUACACCAGAUAGCAGGUAGAAGUUGUUAAAGUGCACAAUGACUCGCCAUGGGAAGAACUGCACGGCCGGAGCCGUCUACACAUACCACGAGAAGAAGAAGGACACCGCGGCAUCUGGUUAUGGGACGCAGAGCAUCCGACUGGGCAAAGACGCCAUCAAAGAUUUUGACUGCUGCUGCCUGUCUCUCCAGCCCUGCCAGGACCCUGUGGUGACUCCAGAUGGGUACUUGUAUGAAAAACAGGCCAUUCUGGAAUACAUACUUCACCAGAAGAUGGAAAUUGCCAAAAAAAUGAAGGCCUAUGAGAAGCAGAAGCAGGCUCAGAAGAAUGACAGCCAGCUGGAGUCCAAGUCAGAGGAAAGAGAGAGAGUGGAGAGGUUCAAAACCAAGGAGAACAGCAUCGUGUCCAAACCCAUCAACCCGUUCACCUCGGGCCAGGCCAAAGACGGUGAAGCACAAAGAGCAGGUGAGGGCUCGGCUAGCAGCUCCACUGCCGGCAGCUCAGCAGCUCCGGCCACCUCCAGCCAGGCCUUACCCAGCUUCUGGAUCCCCUCUCUGACACCCGAGGCCAAGCCCACCCUGCUCAAGAAACCAAGUAAGGUUGUGUCUUGUCCCAUGUCAGGACGACCCAUUAAGAUGAAUGAGCUGAUCACAGUGCGCUUCACUCCCCUGGACCCCAGCCUGGACCGAGUUGCCCUGCUUACCCGCCAGGACAGGUAUGUGUGUGCAGUAACCAAAGACACACUGGGCAACAGCGUUCCCUGCGCCGUUCUCCGACCCUCGGGCGCAGUGGUGACUCAGGAGUGUGUGGAGAAGCUGAUCAGGAAAGACAUGAUGGAUCCUGUGACCGGAGACAAACUGUCCGACAGAGACAUCAUACCACUGCAACGGGGAGGAACCGGAUUUGCCGGCUCCGGGGUCAGACUUGCCGCCAAAGAGGCUCGGCCGGUGAUGCAAGUGUGAGAGGACGGAGGAGCCGAGGCAUGGGAAGUGUUGGCAGGAGCCCACUUCAGAGGGCAGGGAGAGCUCACAACAGUCAUACCUUGUGUGGUUGUGUGCAGUGUAAUACCUGAACACUUAUCCAAGCACCGCCUAAAAAAACUCCUAAAGCAUUGUACACUGUUACACCGCUAAAUCCAGCUAUUGAUGAUGUACCUGGCAUUCCUAGGCUGGUGUAUUUACUUUUUUAUUGUUUCUGAGGAUGACAGGAAGAGGCAGAGAUGCCAGUGCCCUCUUCAACCGCGGUUUUAUAAUUUGAACAACCAGGUACAGUGCAAGGCAAUGUUUUUCUCUCCUCUCUUCUGCGGGUUGUCAAAAGGUAGGUUGAAGCAAACACCAAACAGGUGGGACUGCAACAUCACAAAACUCCUGGAAUGGACUUUAAAUUCCAAAUUAAUAAUGUAUAACAGUAUGAGUAUCUGAGGAUUUAUGCGUCCUUUAGUGCAGAAUAAAACAAACACUUGGCGCUGCGUUCUAGCCAGAUUAUUAUACAGAUUAGUGUGUUUGGGUGAUUUAUGCCUGGAAAAAUACACAUGAAGAAAUCAGCAUGUGAAAAUGCAUUGAUGACUUAAAACAUGUAUUUGAGUGUUCAAGUCCUUUAGAAAGCUGACAUACAGGUAGCCAUGCCCAGAGUCAUUGUAAGAGUUUUUCAGAAGCUGAUAUUUUUUUAUAAUUAUCAUUUUUAUGUGUUGGUCUUAUGGUCUGUGAUGUGUUUUCACCUGGUUAAAUAAAGGUUUAAUUAA